AAUUAACAUUAAAUUUCUCAUAAAACUUUACCCUAGUCCAAGUCCAAUUUCAACUUCAAUUCCCUGUAUAAAUACCCGUCUCCAAAACCCUUCAGCUUUUCCAUGCCUCCUGCUUUCUUAUCCUGCUUUUGCUUUUGCUCGUUUUGCGCUUCUCAUUGCUGCGUUUUAUGAUGCCGAGCGUUAAUCCCGAUGCAAUCGACAAGGAUUCGGAGCCGUUCGUGGAAGUUGAUCCUACCGGCCGAUACGGCCGAUACAAUGAACUUCUCGGGUCAGGCGCGGUGAAGAAAGUGUACCGGGCAUUUGACCAAGAAGAAGGCAUUGAAGUUGCGUGGAAUCAAGUGAAAUUGCGCAACUUUUGCGACAAUCCGGCGAUGAUCGAGCGGCUUUACUCGGAAGUACGGUUGCUCAGAACCCUAAUGAACAAAAACAUCAUCUCCUUGCACAAUGUCUGGCGUGAUGAAGAGCACAACACGCUGAAUUUCAUCACCGAAGUUUGCACUUCGGGCAACCUGAGAGACUACCGGAAAAAGCACCGGCAAGUCUCCAAGAAAGCCCUGAAAAAAUGGUCCAAACAAAUCCUCAAGGGAUUGCAUUAUUUACACACGCACGAGCCGUGUAUAAUUCACAGAGAUCUCAAUUGCAGCAACGUUUUUGUCAACGGAAACGUUGGCCAGGUUAAAAUCGGCGAUCUGGGGAUGGCGGCGAUAGUAGGAAAGAACCAUUCAGCGCAUUCGAUUCUGGGUACGCCAGAGUUCAUGGCGCCGGAGCUUUACGACGAAGAUUAUACAGAACUGGUGGAUAUAUAUUCAUUCGGGAUGUGUGUUUUGGAGAUGGUGACACUUGAAAUUCCCUAUAGCGAAUGUGACAAUAUUGCAAAGAUUUACAAGAAGGUUUCCUCUGGGGUGAGGCCGGCGGCUUUGAGCAAGAUCAAGGAUCAAGAAGUGAAGGAGUUCAUCGAGAGGUGUCUUGCUCAGCCGAGGGCUCGGCCUUCGGCGGCGCAGCUCCUUAAUGAUCCGUUCUUUGAUGGCAUUGAUGAUGACGAAAUUGAAGAUAAUGUUUGUUCAUGAUUAGGUUUCAUUUGAAGUAGCUUUCGAUUUAAGUUUUCUUUUUUUGAUGUUUUUAUUAAUGGAUUGAAUUUUCUCUUUUUAGGAUAAGAGUUGUAGUAGUUGGGCAUUGGGAUAUUAAGAGAAUUGUUUCUUGGA